ACUUCAUUUUCUCUUCUCUUCUACAGUCAUGUUUCUGGAAUUUACGUGCUCGAAUUGGUCAGCGGCUGUGAGGCUGCACGGGACGGGCGUCUUAUGAAGGACGACAGGAUCCUGGCCAUAAAUGGAGUGGAUUUAACCAACGGUUCUAAAGACUUAGCCGCCGACCUUAUUCAGGUUAGAGAUGGGGCGAAGAGGCAAAUGGUCGGUUGGAUGAAAGCUGUGCUCGAGAUAAGAAAUUACUGA